ACUUAGAAUCUGAGGUAAGUCGAGAUGUAAACUGUGUGGGACGGUCUGUAAAGUUAGCUGAGAAAACUGCAAAACUGCAACUGCAGGAUUUACAACCUGAGGUAAGUCUAGAUUUAAUAUGUGAGGGACAAUCUGCACAAUUACCCGAGACAACUACUAUACCGCCACAACAGGACCCACAGUCCGAGGAAAGUCCAGAUUUAAUACUCAAACCUUCAGAAUUGAAUGCUAUCAGCAAACCGCAUUUGGCAACAGGCAGUGAAUCUAGAAGCUCAAUACUGCAAGUUAAAGCAGAUAUAACUUCUGUAAUUCCAGAGGAGACCAGGAUAACAAAGUCUGUAGAGUUGCCUAAGAGUGAAGAACUGCAAAAUCCAAUGACUUAUUUAGAUUCUGGAUCAAAUCAUCCACCCAACCUCAAAUCUGAAGAACACUUAAGGCUGCAGAAUGAUGAGGCCAGUCCAGCGGUGUUAAAGAUAAACUCUGAGGAGCACAAUCCUCAAGAGAAGCUGCCAGAACAGUUUGAAACCAUUGAGCUGUUGAUAUUAGAGGAUUCGGACCCCCAAGAGACAGAGCGGAACAGUUCUGAUCCCAUAAGACCAAGAGCUGCACUGAGCAAAGAAACAAAGUUCAGCAAAACAGAGCCUAUAGAACCAAAAACGGCAAAUGAUAGAAAACGUAAAGAAAAUAAGGUUGGUCAUGAUGUUUACAGUAGGAAUGAGAAGGAAACAUGCCACCCAACAGCUCUGGUUGAGGAGAAACAAGAAGGGGAACAUAUUUGUACAAAUCAAAUGAACAAGAUCCUGCCGGAGGCUAAAUCCAAGCUGGAGUGUCUGGUUAGGAAGCAACCACAUCAAAAAUCAUCCAGAAUUCCUAUUCAAGCAAGAGGAGGGUUAACUAAGUUAACCAUCAGCAAAGCAGACACUCGCUCAUUCGGGCUGCAAGCUCCUAAAGCUGGCUUGCAUAGCAAGCUGCCAUCACUUGGAAAACCACUGGGGCAAAAUAAGCCCAGCCUUACAUUAUUUCCAUCUCCUGAAGAAUUGUCCACAGGAGGAAUUGCUCCAGUUAGGUCAACACUAAUUCCCCAGAGACCCCCUCGGACAGUCCCCUCACCAAACAGUCCCAUCUCUCCCCAAAAACAGCCUCAGGUCCAGCUGAUUGCACCUAGGAUCAGGCAGUCAGACCAGCCAAACGUUUCCAGGAAACGUUCUGCAUCCAUUACAAAAUAUAGCUGCUCUUCUUCUGGAAUUUUAUGUCCAGGACAAGUAAAGAAGCAGGCGUUUAAAGGGUCUCCACCAAGCAACUAGAAUAAGGGAACAAAGUGCAGUUCGAAUUCACGGUUGCAUACUGACUUCAUAAAUGUAAUGAUGUUCAAUAGAAAUCAAAAAGCCACUAUGUUAUUUUAGUAUUUAGUUAAUUGAGUUGUUUUAUUCAUCCCAAUUAGCAAACAGAAUUUCGCCCUCCUACAAUGCACUCAAGCUAACAGGGUUUUCCCUAUACAAACAGGUUUUUCUAAAGUGAAGGUUUUAUGUAAAUUGCAGACACAGACUUUUAGAUAAAGCUUUAUGAUUGUCCCUAAAGCUAUUAAUAUGUAAAUCCUUUAUUUUUCUUAAAUUCAAUUUAUUGUAAAUGAUCAAUUAUGGGCCUCAUUAAAUCAUCACAUAUAGUUCA